GCGGAGCUCCGCCUGAUGGCCACCGGCCGCCGCUUCCUUCCCCGCAGGUGGCGCCGCCCGCCGUCCCCUCGGGCCCCGGGUGAAGCCGGUGCCGCGGCCCGAGGCCUCUCUCCCGCCCGCCCGCCCGCGCAGCCGCCUCGUCAACCCCUCCCGCCGGGCCCGGGCACCAUGGAGGCGACGGAGAGGAGACGGAGCAGGAAAUCACAGAGUUUCAAGAGGGUGGCGGAGGAUUGCCAGGACGAUAAUAGUUCAGACAGCAGCAGUGAAAAUGUAGACCACACCCAGGACUCAAUGUUUGUCUCAGGUAACGUCUGCGAGGGUGUGAAGAAGCAGGUAUCUGGGAUGAGACGGUUGCUGGACAGCAGAGCCAACAGUGUGAGGAUCCACCAGCCCCUGAUGCAGGGCAGAGGUGGGGGGAAGAGGGAGCCGGAGCCGCGAGACGUAACCUGGCUGCAUCGCGGUGCUCAGCGUGAUGAGCCGUACUCACCCCAGGCUCUGGUCUGGAAAGAUGUCCACGUGCAAACACACGAUCCCUUUGCCUCAGGAGGAUACGGCGGUGAAGGCUCCAGGUCAUCUAAACCCAUCGUCGACCCUAAUACCGACAGAAUUCAAGGCAUCUUGGAAAGUAACGGGGAGAUGACGUACUCUGCACUGGAGACUAACUGCUGCAUGUGUGACUGCCAGCCCACGCUACAGGCCAUCCUGCAGGAGCUGCGGACAUUGCGGGAGCUGAUGCAGGCGCAGGCAGGUCCCCAGAGCACAGUGCAAGUCCCCACAGCCCACACCAACCCCCUCCGAUCCAAUCUGCUUCGGAAUAAGAUCAUUAAGAAAAGACUGAUCCACCGGCUGAGACCAUUACCGACGCAGCCCAGUCGCAAACUCCUCCAGCACCAGAUGGUCAGCGAGUCCCAGGCGGAGAGGAACCGUACGUCAGCCAGCGAGAGGCUGAGCACAGAUGCCAGCGCCGGCCCCGCUCCAGCAUGCGUCGCAGGUUCCUGUAUCCCCGAUCUGGAGAGCGUGCACAACAGCGAUCUUCUGGAGCCGGAGGUGCGCCUGGCAGAAGGCUACGAUGUGCUCAUCCCCAAGUCCCAGCUGGAGUCCAUACUGCUCAACUACUCCCGCACCGGGAGCCUGCUCUUCCGCAAGCUCGUCUCCGCAUUUUUUGACGACCGCACCUUGGCGAACUCCCUCCCAAACGGGAAGAGGAAGCGAGGAGCCAAUGACAACAGGAAGGGGCUGGAUCAGAACAUCGUGGGGGCAAUAAAAGUUUUCACAGAAAAAUAUUGCACUCUAAAUCGGAUUGACAGAGUUCCCGGGCCAAAGGAUUGGAUACAAAUUCUCCAGGAUCAAAUCAAGCUGGCGAGAAAACGCUUAAAGCGGGGUUCAGUUCUCGAAACGUUUGACUCCGGCGGGAAAAUGGGAACCAGUCUCAUUCUAAAUUCCGGUGGGAAUGUGAAUGCUGGCAGCUCAAGUGACAUCUGGAGCACUUCAGAACCAGUCUGCACAGUUCAAAUAUGAUGUUUGGACAGCUGAUGUUAUAGUGGAUUGCAAACCAUGUAGAGACCAGAUCAAAGUCACUCCUUUGCAUUCAUAUUCAUUUACGUGCUGUCACUUUCAUCCCUCAGGGCAUCUGCUACACCGGUUGUGAUGUUCCCUUAUAAAUCUUUUAUUCAUUUAACAUUCAAGUUAACCGUAACAA